CACCUCUCCUCCCACUACCACCAUGGCCUCCGCUGAAGUGCCCGCAGAGGACACCCACCACAGGGUCCCCACCCACCCCAUCGCGCCCCGCCUCAAGAACGGCCAUAAGACGCCGCACAUUGGCCCGCACAUCCAUGCAUACAAGUCCCUUCAUUCCCAGACCGUCGGUCACGAGAGCGAUGCCUGGUGGGCGAAGACCGCGAAGCAGACCCUCCACUGGGAUCGUCCCUUCCAAACCGUCCGUGCCGGAGACUUCGAAACGGGCGACAUCGUCUGGUUCCCCGAGGGCGGCCUGAACGCGUCGUACAACUGCGUCGACCGCUGGGCGUUUAAGCACCCGGACAAGACCGCCAUUAUCUACGAAGCAGACGAGCCCAACGAGGGCAGCUACAUCACGUAUGCACAGCUCCUCCGCGAGGUGUGCUCCGUCGCGAAUGUUCUCAAGGAGUUCGGUGUGAAGAAGGGCGACACCGUCUCGGUGUACCUGCCUAUGACCUGGCAUGCGGUCGCUGCGUUCCUCGCGUGCGCCCGUAUCGGUGCGGUGCACUCGGUCAUCUUCGCUGGGUUCUCCGCGGAGUCGCUCCGCGACCGUGUGCAGGACUGCAAGUCGCGCGUGCUCAUCACAUCCGACGAGGGGCGCAGAGGCGGCAAGACGAUUGCGACGAAGGUCAUCGCGGAUGCGGCGGUGAAGGAGUGCCCGCUCGUCGAACAUGUUCUGGUGCUUCGCAGGACAGGCAACGAGGUGCCCUGGACUGCCGGCCGCGACAAGUGGUGGCACGAGGAGAUCGCCAAGGUCCCGCGCUAUUGCCCGAUCGAGAUCAUGUCCUCUGAGGACCCGCUCUUCAUUCUUUAUACCUCCGGCUCCACUGGCAAACCGAAGGGUGUCGUCCACACCACUGGCGGCUACCUGCUGUGCGCCGCGCUCACGGUCAAGUACGUUUUCGACGUGCACCCAGACGACAAGUUCGCGUGCAUGGCCGACAUCGGCUGGAUCACCGGGCACACGUACAUCGUGUACGGCCCGCUCCUGAACGGCGUGACGACAACCGUGUUCGAGUCCACGCCCGUCUACCCCACGCCCUCGCGCUACUGGCAGACGGUCGACAAGCACCAGAUCACGCAGUUCUACUCCGCCCCGACCGCGAUUCGUCUCCUGCGCCGCCUUGGGGAGCACCACGUCCAGGACCACGACCUCGGCUCGCUGCGCGUGCUGGGCAGUGUCGGCGAGCCGAUCAACCCCGAGGCGUGGCACUGGUACAACGACCACGUCGGGCGCAAGCAGUGCGCCAUCGUCGACACGUUCUGGCAGACCGAGACGGGCUCGAUCGUCGUCACGCCCUUCCCCGGUGCCAUCGAGACCAAGCCCGGAUCCGCAACUGUACCGUUCUUCGGUAUCGAGCCUGCGAUCCUGGACCCCGUCAGCGGCGAGGAAUUGGUCGGGAACAGCGUCGAGGGCGUGCUCGUGCUCAAGCGCCCCUGGCCGUCAAUUGCGCGCACGGUGUACCAAGACCACAACCGCUACCUGGAGACGUACAUGAAGCCGUACCCCGGCUACUUCUACACGGGCGACGGCGCCGCGCGCGACGAGCACGGGUACAUCUGGAUCAAGGGCCGUGUCGAUGACGUGAUCAACGUGUCUGGCCACCGACUCUCGACGGCCGAGAUCGAGAGCGCGCUGAUAACGCACGCGGGCGUCGCCGAGACCGCAGUGGUGGGCACUGCGGACGAGCUCACUGGGCAGGCCGUGUACGCGUUCGUGACGCUCAAGCCGGAGUUCGCGUACGACCCGAACGACGAGGCGGGGCUCAUCAAGGAGCUCACGCUCGCGGUGCGCAAGGUCAUCGGGCCCUUCGCGGCACCCAAGAAGAUCUUCAUCGUCUCGGACCUGCCGAAGACGCGUUCUGGGAAGAUCAUGCGCCGCGUGCUGCGCAAGAUCGUCGCGGGCGAGGGUGACCAGCUCGGGGACCUGAGCACGCUCGCGGAGCCCGCCGUCGUCGACCAGAUCAAGCAGAAGGUCGCCGCGCUCUCAUGAACAACGCUGGUUGGGAUGGGUGUGCUGCCGCUCUCACAUGUAUCUAUAUCUUGGAUCUGCGGUGGGGUGCUAAUGGGUCUGGGGAUGGUUCUGGGGAGGGGCGAUCCGACUGACUAGUCAGUCAUGUCGUGAGACUACUUGUGUAUACUGUACGAUAGCAUUACUGGAUACCAGACGAAUUUAAAGCACGUUUCUUGAUUCA